UAUAAUUGGAAAAAUGGAAAGAUGGUGGCGUGAGAAAGAAAAUAAAGGUGAUUGAUUUGUUAGUGUAGAAUGUAGAUUGAAAAAAUAGAUCGUGGUAACGCAAACGCAAUGAUGAGAGUUCUUGAUCAGUCGGCUUCGUUUCUUUCAGUAGUCACGCCAAAUGAUAAGCGUAUUACGGCCACAACCAAAAAUGCAGCGGCGGCGUUGCUCCUCCUUGUAUUCUUCCUCAGUGCAGCGACGGAGGCGGCGGCAGGGUGCACGGAAGAGCUGAUAUCGUUUUCAGCGUGUCUGCCAUACGUGUCGUACCCGCCGAACAACCUCACAGAAAGUGCUUCGAAAAAGUGCUGCGAGGAGUUCUCCUCCGCCGUAGAAUCAGAAUCGGUUUGCCUCUGCUAUCUGAUCCGGCAGCCACUGAUUCUGGGGUUCCCUCUCAACACCACCAGGCUCCAUUCCCUCUCUUCCCUUUGCUCAACCUCAACCUCCUUCCCUUUUCUUUGCUCCUCAUCAUCAUCAGAAUCUUCGGCUCUGCCCCCUCUCAACAGCGCACUACCAACUCAAACUGAAGGAUCUUCCGCUUCUUUGUCAGGGGCAGGAGGAGGUGGGUCCCGCGGUAAGGGAGGAGGAUCUUAUGGGAGUGGGACUACAGUAGUACCCACAUUCACCGGCGCCGGAGGAGGUUUUCACCAUCGCUCCUCCCAUGUUUCAACCCUCACUACCUCUCAAUUCCUAUCCAUCCACCUUGCUACAAUAUUCCUCACAACAUGUCACCUUUACAAUUCUUGCUAAUUUCUCUCUCUACCAUGUUACUCUUUUUCAUUUCCCGCAUGGGAUUGUUGAAUAGCUUAAUUAGGGAUGUAUUGCUCUCUCUCUCUCUAUUAUCAUGACUAUUUCUUGUUCAUUUCUAAUCCCUAUUGAUUGUUUCCGUCAAUCACAACUUACAUGCUUAGCUAUUUGUAAUUCACCCAGAUACCAUAUACUGUGGGUUAGAAAAAUUUCUCCCAUUUUUAUUUUC